CACCCGCUCUCCCCCCCAACCCUUCUCAGCAGAAGCAGCCGGCGGCGGGGGCAGGAGUCAGCCCUCUUCCGACCGUACCCCGCCCGCCUCCCGGGGCUCCUAUUCUUUGGCCCCGGGACCCUAACCUCCUCCUGGGGCGGUUCCCUCUGUCUGGGCGUCCGAGUGCUGCCCUCCUCUCUUUCAUUCCUCUCUGCACCUCCUUACCUUCACUUUUGCACUGGUUCUCUUUCUCCUCUCUGUGCAGCCUAUCGCCUCUUCUCCCCACUCGACCCCUCCAGGCUCCUUCCCUGGCUCAUUCUGCCCAGGAAAGUUUAGUAUCCCCUCCCCCCUCCAUCCCCCAAUCAGGUCAACCUGACUAGGAGUAGGGGGAGAUGUAGGAAGGCCUGAGAGUUCGAGGUGGGGGGAAGCUGGAAGCUGAUUUCCUUGAAAAUUUCCACCCAUCUUUUGAAUUUAGGGUAGUUGAAAUUUUUAAAAAUUGUGUUUUUGAGGAGGUGGUAGGUGUUUAGAAAAGGAUGUGGGAAUGGAAGGGGUAGAUGAGUCAACCCUCUUACAAGAUUCCAAGGGUGGUGUGUUACCUGAUCCUUUUCGUGUGUGGAGUUCAGGGGGUCGGGAGGUUUGGCCUUUAUUCCCACAUUCAAAGUUGGAGCCUCCCCCAAAUUAAGAAUGGAGUUUUAGUACCCACUUGUGGCAGGAAUCCUGGGGGGAAGGGGUCCUUUUUUCCUUUUUCUUUUCUUUUUCCUUUUCCCCCCCUUUUUUCUUUAUUUUAUUUUAUUUUUGGCAACCCACACCCUUCCACACACACUCACCCAAAAACUAAACACCAAGAUCCUCUAACUUGUUUGGAUUGACUGAUGAAGACAUAAAGCCAGUUACGCUCUAUGUUUUUUGAGGUGGAGUGAGUGGUUUUUCUUCAUUUUUAAAUGGCCAAAUGACAGCUUGACCCAGUUUGCUUUCCAAUCAAAGGGCAUUUUUUUUGAAUGUCUCUUUGUGGCGCAAGAGCCAACGCAAAAAUGAUGGCGGCUUACAAUGGCGGUACAUCUGCAGCAGCAGCAGGUCACCACCACCACCAUCAUCACCACCUUCCACACCUCCCUCCUCCUCACCUUCACCACCACCACCACCCUCAACACCAUCUUCAUCCGGGGUCGGCUGCUGCUGUACACCCUGUACAGCCGCAUACUUCUUCUGCCACAGUUAAGGCGCACCAUCAUCAGCACUCGCAUCAUCCACAACAACAGCUGGAUAUUGAGCCGGAUAGACCAAUUGGAUAUGGAGCCUUUGGUGUUGUCUGGUCAGUAACAGAUCCAAGAGAUGGAAAGAGAGUAGCACUCAAAAAGAUGCCCAACGUCUUCCAGAAUCUGGUCUCUUGCAAAAGGGUCUUCCGGGAAUUGAAGAUGUUGUGUUUUUUUAAACAUGAUAAUGUGCUCUCUGCCCUUGACAUACUCCAACCUCCACACAUUGACUAUUUUGAAGAAAUAUAUGUUGUCACAGAAUUGAUGCAGAGUGACCUACAUAAAAUUAUCGUCUCUCCUCAACCACUCAGCUCAGAUCAUGUCAAAGUUUUUCUUUAUCAGAUUUUGCGAGGUUUGAAAUAUCUCCACUCAGCUGGCAUUUUGCAUCGAGACAUUAAGCCAGGGAAUCUCCUUGUGAACAGCAACUGUGUUCUAAAGAUUUGUGAUUUUGGAUUGGCCAGAGUGGAAGAAUUAGAUGAAUCCCGUCAUAUGACUCAGGAAGUUGUUACUCAGUAUUAUCGGGCUCCGGAAAUCCUGAUGGGCAGCCGUCAUUACAGCAAUGCUAUUGACAUCUGGUCUGUCGGAUGUAUCUUUGCAGAACUACUAGGACGAAGAAUACUGUUUCAGGCACAGAGUCCCAUUCAGCAGUUGGAUUUGAUCACAGAUCUGCUGGGUACCCCAUCACUGGAAGCAAUGAGGACGGCUUGUGAAGGCGCCAAGGCACACAUACUCAGGGGUCCUCAUAAACAGCCAUCUCUUCCUGUACUCUAUACCCUGUCUAGCCAGGCUACACAUGAAGCUGUUCAUCUCCUUUGCAGGAUGUUGGUCUUUGAUCCAUCCAAGAGAAUAUCCGCUAAGGAUGCCUUAGCCCACCCCUACCUAGAUGAAGGGCGACUACGAUAUCACACGUGUAUGUGUAAAUGUUGCUUUUCCACCUCUACUGGAAGAGUUUAUACCAGUGACUUUGAGCCUGUCACCAAUCCCAAAUUUGAUGACACUUUUGAGAAGAACCUCAGUUCUGUCCGACAGGUUAAAGAGAUUAUUCACCAGUUCAUUUUGGAACAGCAGAAAGGAAACAGAGUGCCUCUCUGCAUCAACCCUCAGUCUGCUGCUUUUAAGAGCUUUAUUAGUUCCACUGUUGCUCAGCCAUCUGAGAUGCCCCCAUCUCCUCUGGUGUGGGAGUGACGGUGGAAGAUAAUGUACUACUGAAGAUGUAAUGUAGCUUUCCACUGGAGUCUGGGAUUUGCAAUUCUGGAGGUUAAUCAUGCUUGUACUGUAAUUUUACUAAUGAAGUUUUAAAUUAACAACCACUACUUGUAUGAUAUGAAUAAUAUUUAGAAAUGUUACUAGACUUUUAAUCUUGUAAAGUGGUUGUGCUUUUAGAAGAAAAAUAUUUUACCCAGAGUUGCACAUGUUUUAUGAAUUUAGUGCAGCUGAUGGCUCACCUCAGAACAAAACAGAAUUGAACCAAAUUUGGGAGUUUGGGGUUUUGUGUUUUUGUUUUGUUUUGUUUUGUUUUUCUUUUUUAAAAUGAAAUGAGAUUGUUCUCACAUACAUACAUAUACACACAAACACACACACACACACACACACACAGAUCAGUCAUACAUUUUGAUAUUUGAGCCAUUCCUAAAGAUUUGGGUUUUCUGAAAUGAGAGAAUCUGGAAACCUUGCCUGCGACCAAUCAUGGAGCCACGUGAGCUGAUCGUGGCUGCACUGGGGGGUGGGAGGAGGGGCAUGCCACCCAAUGAUCAAGCCCUAUAACUAGCUUCUCAUUAGAGCCGUGCCAGUGAUGUGUGCUGUCUAACAUCCAAUGUUGUGGGUAGAGAGAAUGAGUUUGUGACUAGGAGAGACGAAACUUUUGUUUUCCUUACCCAGUAUAAAUAUAUAUAUAAAUAUUUAAUCUAUUUUUAUUAGAAGUUUUUCUGCUCUUUCUUACAUAAAAGAACCCCAAGCAUGCAUCUUUCAUGUGUGUAAAUAAUACAUUUCUGGGCUAAUUUCAAAAGAAUCCCAACAUUGCUGUAUAGAGAGAGAACUAGCUUGCACAUUUUAGGUCUGUGAAAUUUUGUGAGACUUUUCCUGCACUGGACAGUAAAAAAUAAUAAUAAUAAUAAAUAAAAGACAAAAACAAAUUAAAAAAAAAAAAUUAAAGCCACAAAAAAAGGCACAUAGGGAAUUAUGUCAAAUGUGUUUGUGUCCUUAGGCAAAACUGUGGGAGUCUUGAAAUGUCACAGUAGUAAAUAACUUAUUACUUUUUGACAAAUUCUUUUUCUGUUGGAACACUGAAUUCUUCUGUGCAUAUGUAUAUACGAACACAAACUGAAGGCCUCUACCUCCUGGAGUUAUACAACUUGGCUUGUUUACCUCCACAUGCUGAUGAUGACUAUUUUUUUUUUUUUUAAGUUCAAUGUGGAGACUUGAAACUUGAAUGUCCCUUCCAACUUUUAUAUUAAAAAUAAAAAGACAAAAUUGAAGAUCGUUUUUCACCUGUACAAGGAAUACUAAUGGAUCGUCUUAAAAUUGGUCUAGGAAAAAAAAAAAA